UUGUUUAAACAACCUAUAACUUCGAGUGGUCUAAUAAACUGAUAGUUACAAAAUACCAGUCAACUAACGACCAGCGUUAGAAGUGUUCAAUAAUAGAAAUUAAAAUUGUAUCACUUUUUUUGCAAUUGAGUGUAAUCUAUAAUUCUUAAGACAUGUUUCGAGUAUACUUAUUUAUUUUGCUUUUAACUUUCGCUUUGGGUUUACAAACAAAUUCGAAAAAACAAGCCUCGCCACCACAUUGUACACGAGUUACCAAAGACACUGACUAUGCAAACAGAUUUAAGAUGACAUAUCCUGUGGUUUACAUUAUACCCGGACAACGAGAGGCUUAUCAACAAAUGUUCUGCAUCAAUCCAUCAGAGGUGAACAAAGCUGUGACCACAGUAUGCGACUGGGCGGCACCUCCACAAGUGCAGUUCACCCUGGGGGAUGAGUACAUGCAUGUUGUGCGCGUGGACCCCACGGGUCGUUUCCAGGGCAACGCUGUCAUCACCACCUACCAACUGUGCAGCCACAAUAUACCACCUGAUAUGCUUAACGCAACAAUGGCACCUCGUGUUGUUGAAAUCGAAUAUUAAAUUUAUUUUUCAACAUCUUUGACUCUACAAGAUCCAUUAGUAAUAAAAAAAAUAAGUCUAUGUAAUACGGUCCUAUAAAGUUGCAUUAUUUUAGUAAUCUAGCUUUCGUUCGCGACUCCUUACGUGUCGAAUUAAAAAAAUUAAGUAGCCUAUCUAUUCUUACAGACUAUGCUCUACAUCUAUACCAUAUUUUAGCGAGACUCAUUCCAGUCGUUCAGACGGCAAACUCUAGCAAACAUUCAUCUGUCUUAAUUUUCGCAUUUAUAUUAUUAGUAAGAUUAAAUUUAAAAUCGAUACGAUAGUUUAACAAUUUAAUAAUUUUUAAAUUUAACCGCAACUUAUAGUAAGAAUUCGUUAAUUUCUACAAAUAUUUCUUUACUUUUGAAAUAAAUGUAUCAAGAAACA